AUGAUACCUGGAACUGGUGCUGAUAUGGCUGUUGGAACCAUGGUGUCUGUGGCCGAGGACGGCCCAGUGGAGGAAGCAGAGGCAGAUGAGGCAGCGCUCCCUGCUGGGGGAGGAGGAAGCUUAGAGGAAGCCAAAACUGAUGCUGAAACCAGCGAGGCUGCAGAUGGUGACAGACCUCAACCAGAAGAGAUGGAAGCAGCAGGGCCCCAGGACAAGGUCAUCCCCUGUGUCAUCAUAGAGCCUGCCUCCAACAACGAAGGGGAGGGAGAGCACGAGACCAGCACAGGUGCAGAGCCCCAGGAGGCCACCGAGGACGCGGCUGCCCCAGGACCCAGCGAGUCUCCGGCGCCGGCCUCGGAGCAGAAGCCGCCGGAGGAGCCUCAGCCCGUGGGGGCCACCGAGCCACCUGUGCCCGCAGAGGAGGCCACACAGCCUGUGCCCCCCGGCUUCCUCUACAAGGUGGAAACACUGCAUGAUUUUGAGGCAGCAAAUUCUGAUGAACUUACCUUACAGAGAGGUGACGUGGUGCUGGUGGUCCCCUCGGAUUCCGAAGCUGACCAGGACGCAGGCUGGCUGGUGGGAGUGAAGGAAUCAGACUGGCUCCAGUACAGAGACCUUGCCACCUACAAGGGCCUCUUUCCAGAGAACUUCACCCGACGCUUGGAUUAGAGCAACAAGUGUUGCAGAAAGAGCUCGGAUACUGGGCUUUUAAACCUUUGUGAAAACCUGAAGAGUUCACCUUUGCUGUUAUGCUCUUAACGAUUUACAGACUGAUGCCAGGCAAAGCUGUGGAAGACCUAUCAAUAGAGCAUGAGUGCAAAAACUGUGAGGAGCAAAAGUAAAUUAGGGGACAAGUCCUCUCUCACUCCCAUGUUGUUGAUAACAGGUUUGUGCUUUGUCUGAGCUGUGGAGACUCUUGUACUCGUACUUGAUCCCGUCCCUCCAACUCUAAAGUAGCUUUCUCCAACCCAGACCUUAAUUUCCCUGCACGCAGCUGAGAGGCUGCCCUGCAGCAGAUGUGGUGAUAGUACCAAUUAUCUCAUGCCCCUGCCCAGGCGGGAGCCUGUGCUCUCUCCCUUUCAAGUUUACUGUGUUUGAAACUAGACUGCUGCAAAAGUUUUCAGUGUUUUUCUCCAACACACUUAUAUACAUAUGGACACACAGCCAGUUCAUAUGAGCUAGUUCCUGUGACUGCUGGGUCUGUGUGUAUGUGGAAGGCUGCAUACACACGGCUGCUCUCUUUCCAUCAUUGCUUUUCGCCACGUGAGUGUCACUGAUACAUGCAUUGCUCUUCUUCUGUCUGGAAAUACAGCUGCAGUUUUGCCUCUGGGCAAAACCAGCCAUCCCAUUGCCAAAACACUCAACGGUAUCUGUGUGUGUCAUGUGCAGUUUUCAGGGUGAUGAAUAGCAUGUCCAAGCUGCUACUCUUUCUGAGAAAGCAGGGCUGGCGAUCUAGCUGUCCAGCGGCUGUGGCUGGAGGUCGGCUAGUGCGAUCAGCAGCUAAGUUGUCUUCACUUCUGCCUUUAUGAGAUGGGCUAGAAGAUGGGGCAUAUUAAUCCACCCCCAGAAGAACACUAUAAAACAGCUCCUAUAUAUUUCCACCUCUUUAUAUUUAUGCAACUCGUCUUCACAGAUCAUCCUAAAAUAAGAUGCCUGAUGUAUGCUGUAUCCACAAGUCACCUGUAACAAUUAUGUUUUCAGUGCUGUGUCAUUCCAAAUAAACCUCUGGUAACCUCCAACAAUUAUUACCCUAA